UCAUCUCCUUUCGACAAUUCAGUUUUCUGCCAGAAUGCCGAUCGAUUUGUACUACAUUUCUCUGAGUCCUCCUUGUAGGGCUGUCAUGAUGACGGCUUAUUUGGCCGGAGUGGACCUCAAUCUGAAGCUGCUCAACCUGAUGAACCGCGACCAGUUGAAACCGGAAUUCCUGAAGAUCAAUCCUCAGCACAACGUCCCUACCAUCGUCGACGACGGAUUUUGUUUGAACGAGAGCCAGGCCAUUUCGGCUUAUCUGAUUAACCGAUACGGUGGCCAGAAGGGGCAGCAUCUCUAUCCGGAAGAUGCCCAGCAACGAGCAGUCAUCGAUCAGCUUCUCAAUUUCGAUGCGUCCGUCCUCUUCGUCAACAUGAGGAAUUUAUACCUUCCUGUGGUGAUGGGUGGAGCUAAGCAGCUGGAUCCGGCAGCUUUGGAGAAAUAUCACGACGGAAUUGGAUUCCUUGACACUGUGAUAGGCGAUCGAGCUUACGCAGCUGGCCAGCAUUUGACGAUUGCGGAUCUGGCGCUCGUGGCCUCCAUUUCUUCCUACGAUGCCAUCGACAGCCGGAUCUUGGACAAAUAUCCUAACGUCCAGAAGUGGUUCAAACGCUGCCAAAACGAGAUCCCUCACUACGAGGAACUCAACGGUGCCGGAGCGAAAAUUCACGGCCAGUUCAUUCAAAAGAGCCUCAAAAAGAUGGAAGAAGCUUGAAAUUAUGUUGACAAAACCUACGGAGAAAUUGGAGCUGCAUCAGGCCUUGUGCGCCGGUUAUUUGAUAUCCAGCGAGCAAACUGAUACUGAUUAUACAAGAUAUGGUGUGUCUUCUAUAAAUUACAAUUUUAAAAAUAAAAACAGGAGCGAAUGA